GCAAACUAUAAACAUUUUUGGAGAAAGAGCUUUCAUUUAUGGCUGAGAUCUCUGAUACUACUCCACAAACACAAACUGUCACCUUCGACAUCGAAGACGGUGGAUCAGGAGGUGAUUCCCGAUCACCGGGUAUUUCCCGUCCCCUUGUAUCCGUAUCUUUCGUUCAAAAGUUGAUUGGCGAGUUCGUGGGGACAUUCUCUCUCAUAUUUGCUGGCUGCGCGGCUAUCGUGGUAAAUGAUACGUACGGUAAAGCGGUGACACUUCCUGGUAUAGCUUUGGUAUGGGGAUUAACCGUAAUGGUUAUGAUCUACUCAAUUGGUCAUGUCUCUGGUGCACAUUUCAACCCUGCUGUUUCCAUUGCAUUUGCCUCUUCUAGAAAGUUCCCGUUUAAACAGGUUCCGGGCUAUAUAGCCGCACAACUUCUCGGCUCAACUUUAGCUGCUGAGGCUCUACGACUUGUGUUCCAUCUGGACGACAACGUUUGUAGCCUCAAAGGCGAUGUUUAUGUGGGAACAUACCCGUCAAGUUCCAACACGGCGACGUUUGUAAUGGAGUUCAUCACUACUUUCAACUUGAUGUUCGUUAUCUCGGCUGUAGCUACUGAUAAACGAGCCAAUGGAUCAUUCGCAGGCAUUGCUAUUGGCGCAACAGUUGUACUCGACAUCCUGUUCUGCGGGCCAAUCUCCGGAGCAUCAAUGAACCCAGCAAGAAGCUUAGGGCCUGCACUUAUAUGGGGAUGCUAUAAGGAUUUAUGGUUGUACAUUGUUUCACCGGUUAUUGGAGCAUUAACAGGUGCGUGGACUUAUGAUAUGUUACGGUCUACAAAAAAAUCAUAUGGUGAGAUAAUACGUCCAAAUUGCAAUAAAAUUCCUUCGAGAGAUCGCCAAGAAGCAUCUCAAGACGAGAUUUGUGUUCUUCAAGUGGUCAACCAGGCUAACCGGAAAGAAUUCAUAUGUUCAUCGCCCACUGAUAUCAACGACAAAAGAAAUGUCACAUGCAAGUUGCCAUAAAAUAUCUAUGUACUAUUCACAACAUGAAUCUAUCGUGCUUUAUACUUUCAAAAUUUAGUUCA